CUUCCUCGAGGGACUGGCACCUAAUUCUCCUGAAGCUGGGGGAGGACAAGGGGGUCACAAGGUGACACUGGCUCCACAACAGAGUGCCAGGAGCACUGAUAGUACCCCUAGUUUGCUUUCUUUCUCCCUCCUUUUUAUUCUCAAGUUCCUUUUUAUUUCUUCCUUGCGUAACACCCUUCUUCCCUUCUGCACCACUGUCCUUACCCCUCCCCUCCCCACCAUCUCCUUGCCAUCCCACUCCUGGGGCCACAGCUGUUGGCAGGGUCCCCAGCUCAUGCCAGCCUCAUCUCCUUUCUUGCUAGCCCCCAAAGAGCCAUCAGGCGACAUGGGGGCCCCAGUCCGAGAGCCGGCACUUUCAGUUGCCCUCUGGUUGAGUUGGGGGGCAGCUCUGGGAGCUGUGGCUUGUGCCAUAGCUCUGCUGACCCAGCAAACAGAGCUGCAAAGCCUAAGGAGAGAGGUGAGCCGGCUGCAGAGGAGUGGAGGUCCCUCCCAGAAGGGAGAAGGGUAUUUCUGGCAGAGCCUCCAGAAGCAGCGCUCAGUUCUGCACCUUGCACCCAUUAACAUCACCUCCAAGGAGGACUCUGACGUGACCGAGGUGAUGUGGCAACCAGCUCUUAAGCGUGGGAGAGGCCUGGAGGCUAAAGGAUACAUUGUCCGAGUCUGGGAUGCUGGAGUUUAUCUGCUGUAUAGCCAGGUUUUGUUUCAUGACGUGACUUUCACCAUGGGUCAGGUGGUCUCUCGGGAAGGCCCUGGACAGCGGGAGACUCUACUGAGAUGUGUACGAAGUAUGCCCUCUAACCCAGAUCGGGCCUACAACAGCUGCUAUAGCGCAGGUGUCUUCCAUUUACACCAAGGGGAUAUUCUGAGUGUCAUAAUUCCCCGGGCAAGAGCAAAACUUAGCCUCUCUCCACAUGGAACAUUCCUGGGGUUUGUGAAACUGUGAUUGUGUUAUAAAACGUGGUUGUGAGCUUCGAAGACCAGGGUGGGUACAUAUUGUGGCCGGUCAAGAGCUGAUUAGACAAAGGAUAGGGAAUGGGGCAGGAACAGAGGCCUCUUCCAGGGUUUGACUUCAUGACUCUCCGUUCCUCCCUUUUCUUUUUCCACUUCCAACCCCCGGAACUUUGAUUUCAUGGAUAUCUUGCUUCUGUCCCCCAUCCUGCCCCAAAUUCUUGUUAAUGUGCUGAUGGAAGGCGGGCGGGUGCCAGGGCUUGCCCAGGACUGGGGCAGGGCCCUGGACUUCAUCCAGAGCAGCACCACCACCUAGCGGCAGUUUGAGGGAAUCAUCCUGGCUACUGGCAGAAGUGCGCGAAUCCGCCCUCGGCUAGGGAAAACCCCUGGUUUCCCAAGCCACAGCUCUCUCCAGGUACCCUCUGCCUCUUUACCCUAUAAGAAGCCUGGUUCUUACUUCCUUCUCUUCAUCUAUUGGGCUCCAGUUUCCAUCACUAUCUCCAGAGGUUUAUCACGCGCCAGCUUGUAUAUGUUUGUGGGGGAGGGUCCCCGCCGCCGGCGGCGGUCUAUUUUCAGCCACAUUUCUCUUUGGGUCCCAAGGUUUGCCUUUGCAUGCUCUCCAUUUCCCUGGGGCUGGGUCUAGCCUCCAGGGACCCUUGGAUGAACCGUACGCCCCGGUGUUGGUCCUGACUCAUUCCUCCGAAUAGUUCUUUCCGUUCAAGCCCUGCUUAAAGUUAAAUAAAAGCUAAUG